AUGAAGAAGCUGUGUGCUUUCUCUAUUUCAUUUCUCCUUCUGACGUUUUCUCUCAGCUGGUGCUGUUUGACAGAACACAUUUGCUUUUGGAGGAUAAAGAAUAGUGAAGAUAAUGAGGAUGAUUUGAGAAAUGAUCGUGGUUUCUACAUUUGGACACACGAGGGACCUAUUGAAGACAAUUUGUACAAUAAUAUUAUUUAUUUUAGAAUACCUGCAAGUUGCUAUGAGUUUUUUCUGGUAAUGUUUUUUGCUACUGAUGAGAUCAACAAGAAUCCUUAUCUUUUACCCAAUAUGUCUUUGGUAUUCUCCAUCACUGUUGGUCUAAUUCAAGAUACAUUGGGACUUCUGGAUAGAGAAUAUUCACAACAAAACAAUAGCAUGAAUUUUAAAAAUAAUAUCUGUGGAAAUUAUAAAAUUUGUGAUAUAAGUAUUACUGGGCCAUCAUGGAAAACAUCUGCAAAACUGGCACUUUAUUCUGGGCCACCAAAGGUUUUCUUUGGACCAUUUAAUCCUAACUUAAAUGACCAUGACCAGUUUCCCUAUGUCCACCAGGUAGCCACAAAGGACACAUAUUUGUCCCAUGGCAUGGUCGCCUUGAUGCUUCAUUUUAGAUGGACUUGGAUAGGACUGGUCAUUUCAGAUAAUGACCAUGGCAUCCAGUUUCUCUCAGAUAUAAGAGAAGAAAUGCAAAGGCAUGGGUUCUGUUUAGCUUUUGUGAAUGUGAUUCCAGACACCAUGCAGACAUACAUGACAAAGGUUAUGAUAUAUGAUAAACAAAUUAUGACAUCUUCAGCAAAGGUGGUUAUCAUUUAUGGUGAAAUGAACUCCACUUUAGAAGUCAGUUUUAGAAGAUGGGAAUAUUUAGGUGCUCAGAGAAUCUGGAUCACAACUUCACAGUGGGAUGUUAUCACAAAUAAAAAGGAAUUUAGCCUUGAUUUCUUCCAUGGGACUAUCAUUUUUGCACACCACAGAGGUGAGAUACCUAAAUUUAGGAAUUUUAUUCACACUCUGGACACUGGAAAAUACCCAGUAAACAUGUCUGAGUCUAUACUGAGGUGGAAUUAUUUUAAUUGUUCAAUCUCUAAGAACAGAAAUAAAAUGGAACAUUUUCAAUUCAACAACACAUUGGAAUGGACAGCAAUGCACAAAUAUGACAUGGCACUGAGUGAAGAAGGUUACAAUUUGUAUAAUGCUGUUUAUGCUGUGGCCCAUACCUACCAUGAACUCAUUCUUCAACAAGUAGAGUCUCAGAUACCAGCAGAAUUCAAGGGAAUAUUUACUGACUGUCAGAAGGUGUCUUCCUUGCUGAAGACCAGGGUGUUUACUAACCCUGUUGGAGAACUGGUGAACAUGAAUCAUAGGGAAAAUCAGUGUGCAGAAUAUGACAUUUUUAACAUUUGGAAUUUUCCACAAGGCUUUGGAUUAAAGGUGAAAAUAGGAAGCUAUUUUCCUUGCAUCCCACAGAUGCAACAACUUCACAUAUCUGAAGAUGUAGAGUUGGCCACAGGAGGUACUCCGGUGCGUAUACCACACAUUUUAGAAGUUUCCACCUCCUUGUGUAGUGUGCCAUGUACUGCUGGAUUUAGGAAAAUUCAUCCGAAAGAAACAGCAGACUGCUGCUUUGAUUGUGUUCAGUGCCCAGAAAAUGAGGUUUCCAAUGAAACAGAUAAGGAAGAGUGUGUGAGGUGUCCAGAUGAUAAGUAUGCCAACUUGAAGCAAACCCACUACCUCCAAAGAGCUGUGUCAUUUCUGGCUUAUGACGAUCCACUUGGGCUUGCUCUAGGCUCCACUGCUCUGUCCUUCUUGGCCAUCACAUUUCUAGUUCUAGUAACUUUUGUGAAGUACAAGGAUACUCCUAUUAUGAAAGCCAAUAAUCUCAUUCUCAACUACAUCCUGCUCAUCUCUCUACUGUUCUGUUUUUUCUGCUCUUUGCUCUUCAUUGGACAGCCCAACCAGGCCACCUGCAUCCUUCAGCAAACAACAUUUGGAGUAUUUUUCACAGUGGCUGUUUCUACAGUGUUGGCCAAAAUGAUAACUGUGGUCAUGGCUUUCAAGCUUACUACUCCAGGGAGAAGAAUGAGAGGGAUGCUGACAUCAGGAGUACCUAACUUGGUCAUUCCCAUUUGGACCCUGAUCCAACUGGUUCUCUGUGGCAUCUGGUUGGUAACAUCUCCUCCCUUUAUUCACAGAGAUAUACAAUCUGAACAUGGGAAGACUGUCAUUAUUUACAACAAAGGCUCUGUUAUUGCCUUCCAUGUUGUCCUGGGAUACUUGGGUUCCUUGGCUCUGGGGAGCUUCACUGUGGCUUUCCUGGCUAGGAACCUUCCUGACAGAUUCAAUGAAGCCAAGUUCCUAACUUUCAGCAUGCUGGUGUUCUGCAGUGUCUGGAUCACCUUCCUCCCUGUCUACCAUAGCUCCAGGGGUAAGACCAUGGUGGUUGUGGAGGUCUUCUCCAUCUUGGUUUUUAGUGCAGGGUUGCUAGGGUGUAUCUUUGUCCCAAAGUGUUAUGUUAUUUUAGUUAGAUCUGAUUCAAAUUUUGUACAGAUGUACAAAGAUAAAAUGCUUCAUUGA